CUCCGAAGGUGCGGCAUCACAGCUCUGAGCUCGGGAAGCAGCACCUGUCGUACAGAAAUACACCGUCCCAGCAUUGUGUAUUUCCGCUCGGCCCAAACUUCGCGUCGCAACAGACAUCGAAGUCAAAGCCCUCGAUCCAGCAAUCGGGGCUGCCCCUCUCCAUCGGAAUCUGCCCGGGAGGGAAGCAGCCCUUCGCUCCAGAGACCCAGCCCUUCUCAGGUUCCCUCCCGUCGUCCGCGACGCGGAACCAGCACUUCUGCUCGCCGUCCUCCCUGCCCCAUACCCAGAACUCGCAGCCCGGCAGCGACUGGCAGACCCUGGUGCACGACUCGAUGGACUUGGCCGCGAACUUGUCCGAGGACUGGCAGUCGUCCUCGAAGCAGCCCCUGCCGGCGCCAAACCCCUCCAGGUUGGUGAAGAGGGCCCUGCCCGCGUUCCGGACCACCGUGUCCUGCUCCUGGUUCUGUGGCAACUCAUGGGAGUCGCCCAUAUCGCCUUGCUGGCCCUUGCACACCGACGCUGAUCGAUGCUAUGUCGACGACGCUGCUCCACGCGAAUCGCCAAAAACCUCCCGUCCUGAUUUUCUCACGACGCGAGCAUGUCUGGGAUUACGAGACCAGACGUGCAACGUCCUGAUUUGUUUCAUACGGGGACCCUGGAAGGCCCGACCCUUUCCCCAGUACCAGCCUUUCCUCCCGAGCCGUGUCUUGUUGACGGUCACGAGGCCUGGCGAGGAGGGCCCCCGCGAGACCAAAGUUGGCCAGAAAAGCCUCCCGCCCUGAAUGUGUUUUUCGACGCGACCAUGUCCAGAGGAGGAGGAGGAGGAGGAGGAGGAGGAGGAGGAGGAGGAGGAGGAGGAGCAGGAGCAGGAGCAGGAGCAAGAGGAGGAUGAGGAGGAGGGGGAGAAGGAGGAGGAGGAGGAGCAGGGUCUGGGAGGCUCCCAUGAUCUGCUCCCAGACAUGCGACGUCCUGAUUGUUUCAGGACGGCACCCCUGGAAGUCCCGACCCUUUCCCCGGGACCGGUUCUUCAUCCUGAAUCGUUGUUUGACGGUCCCGAGGCCCGGCGAGGGCCCCCCGAGGCCGAAAACUGGCAACAACCUCGUGUCUGGGCUACCGAAUCCUGGCACUCGGGCCAGGCCAGGGCGGCGCCCGCCCGGGCGGCCAGCGCCGUGGCGGCGCCGGCGCCUCGGGCCACGGCUCCGCCGGGCCGCGCGCGCGCGGCCGCCAUGGGCGCGCCCGACGCCCGCCGCGCCGGCGGUCGGCAGAGGCGCCCCAUAACAUCCAACGCCCUCAGGCAGGCUCGCGUCGUGAGUUUACAACUAUGUAUGUAU